UUGGGGCGAGUAUCAUAUAUCCUUCUUCACAUCCAGCCAGCCACCUCGUAUACACAGCACAGCAAAUGGGAGAACCCGUUUCGCUCACUUCAGUUGCUGCACAGUCUUCGCACAUAACGGACACGCGUCCUCUGCCAGGCAGUGAUCACAGUGGACCACUCACUCGCUCGCCAAAUAUUCCCUCUCGAUUCUACUUCUGCACAACUUCACUUGCUUGCUGGGACGAAGACUCGGAAACUUAAAUAAAAUCGUAAUCAUACUUCAAAAUCGGAAAACGAGCCAGUCUCGGAAAUUUACAUAUAUCGUGGUAGAACCCUUGUUUUAGUUGGAUAACAUAAAUUUGACGAAUCUAAUCAUCACUCGAUAAUUAUUGUCUUGUAUAUUGUUAAAAGUUGUAAUUUGGGGAGUAACUUGAAGUAAAAAUAAAAGUUUUUUUUUCAUCCGAUCCGAAUUGGAGUGAGAUUUGUUAGUUAAUAUUGAUUCGUUUUGUGUGACAGUUACGAAAAAACGGAAGUAAUAAUGGAUAGUAUAUGAGGCAUUAGCAUUAGCGAGCAAAGUAUUGCUGCCGUGCAAUAUUGAGAAGAGGUGACAAGUGGUGAUCAAUUUGUUGAAGGGAGUUUUCUUGCAAGUACAGAGUAGUACAUAGUUUAGCGUAGUAGUGUCUCAUCCACUGCCGACCGAAAUAGUCAGAGUGAUACUUGUUGUCAGUGAAUUGGAGGUGGGUUAAUCGUGGAGAGCAAGUUGUAGGGUAAAAAUAAUAUCUAUCGUGAGAAUAAUAAUAAUAUCGACGCGAGAGUGUGCAUGUGUGGUGCAAGAGAGUGAGAGAAAGUUGAGAAUAAUAUAUCAAAUGGUAGUGUGAAACUUGUGUAACAGAAUUGUCUUGAAAGAAUGUCCAGCGGAACGACGGCCCUCCUGAGUGCUGGACUAGGACUCGGGGUGAACAACAGCAAAUUUCAGAACAUCGACAUGCCCCUCUCAAGAACAAGAAGUCUUCUCAGCAACAUCAACGGCACGGCGAACGGAUCCUUGAACGGUGACUCCAACGGAGAUUCGUUCCUCCCCCACGUGCUCAACGACUCCCACCACGGGAGCCACCAUCACCUCCCCCCACUCAAGGGAGGACCACAAUCCUUGGUCACGGCUAAGCAGUCCUACGUUGGGCUGGACGUGGGGGUCGGGAUGAUUCAGAGACUGUUAUCGAACGGGAGUGACGACAGCUCGUCCGGUGGGGGCGGACCAACCUCCAUGUUGCCCCCGACUUCGACAGCAAAUGGAACCCUUACCAAUGGAGGGAUAGGGAUGAGUAAUGGGAGUCUGAACAAUUAUAGUCACAUGUCCGUGUCGACAACGCAGAUCCAGAGUCAGAGUCUGCCCCCAGCGACGAUAGCUCGUCCUGCCUCGGCCGACUUCACCGUGGGGCCAUCCACCCCCUUGUCCGGCGAGUCAAACAAGAUGACACCCAACCGGACCAAGUACAAGUCAGUUCCGGUGAGCCCUGAGCAAGUGAUAAAACUGUACCACUCAAGACUGACGCCGUACGAGAUUAGUGAGAUUAACUCCUACCCGGAAGUGUAUUUCAUUGGACUUGGGGCAAAGAAACGGCCAGGAAUUGUGGGCAGCUCGAAUAACAACGGGUACGAUGAUGACCAAGGGUCCUACGUCCACGUCCAACAUGACCACGUAGGCUAUCGGUACGAAGUGCUAAAAGUGAUAGGAAAAGGAAGCUUUGGCCAAGUUGUGAAGGCGUACGACCACAAAUGCAAUGUGCAUGUGGCGUUGAAAAUGGUGAGGAAUGAGAAGAGAUUUCAUCGCCAGGCGCAAGAAGAGAUUCGAAUUUUGGAGCACUUGAGGGACCUGGACAAGGAUAAUAAUAUGAAUAUCAUUCACAUGUGUGACCAUUUCACAUUCCGUAGCCAUACCUGCAUAACUUUUGAGCUACUCUCUCUCAACUUGUAUGAGCUCAUUAAGAAAAACAAGUUCCAAGGAUUUAGCCUCCAACUAGUUCGCAAAUUUGCUCACUCUCUUCUCCAAUGUCUCGAUGCACUUGCUCGAAAUAAAAUCAUUCAUUGUGAUAUGAAGCCUGAAAAUGUGCUCCUCAAACAACAAGGAAGGAGCGGCAUCAAGGUGAUUGACUUUGGUUCAAGCUGCUACGAGAACCAGAGAGUGUACACUUACAUCCAGUCCAGAUUUUACCGAGCCCCUGAAGUCAUUCUCGGAGCUAAAUAUGGACUUCCUAUCGACAUGUGGAGUUUGGGCUGUAUUUUGUCCGAGUUGUACACGGGUUACCCCCUGCUGCCCGGAGAAGAUGAGGCAGAUCAACUCGCAUGUAUGAUAGAACUUCUUGGAAUGCCUCCACCCAAACUGUUGGAAGUUUCAAGACGAGCCAAAAACUUUAUUAGUUCAAAAGGGUUUCCUCGCUACAGUGAAGCCCAAUCUUUGGCUGAUGGAACGACCAUUCUGACUGGUGGUCGAUCUCGCCGGGGGAAGCUCCGAGGACCUCCUGGAUCUCGUGACCUCCAGACUGCACUUAAAGGCUGCGACGACCCGUUGUUUGUGGAUUUCAUUCGUCGGUGUUUAGAAUGGGAUCCAAACACUCGCCUUACUCCUUCCGCUGCCCUGCGUCAUCCUUGGUUAAGACGUCGCCUUCCUCGCACACCGGCCGACAAGAAUGACAGCAGUGCCUCAGUUCCUGCAAGCGGAUCCAACGCUCUCCGUACCAGUUCCAAGACGAACAUUCACAACGGAAACAGCAGCUCCCUCGUGAGCAACGGUCUCAGUGGCACCACGGCCACAAACGGAAGCUCCAGCGGCGAGUCGAAGAGCGAACUCCGUGUUUCUUGCGCCUCCGGAAUUUCGGCGAACGGCAACUGCUCCGCUUUAACUAAUGGGCACAUGAACGGUCACUCUCAUUCUCUUACCAAUGGCCACUCGCACUCGGCCUCAAAUGGGACUGUGACCACGACCACAGGAACGCUGAAUGGCCGACAUUUACUGAACAAUGAGGGGAACAACAAUGGCAGCGCGUUGGCAAUCAACUCCCUCUCGGGUCAACCUACCUCCAACGGAACAAUCAGGGUCCUGUCCCAUAAACUCCCCUUGCUGCACACUACCAAUAACAACGCUUCAUAGUCAACCCGCGUCGUCUCUUAGUCAUUUCGCUCUUUCCUUCCCAUCCAGGUGUACCAAGCAGAAUCAAUUACUGGAUCAUAAAGUGCAUACAAUUUAAGAAAGCGAAGUGACGUUGCCACUAUUUAUUAUAAAUUCAUAAACUAUCUAAGUUAACGAAACUAUGACGUUAUAACUGACAUAAAAACUUAAAAAAAGUGACUAAAAUGUACUCAGCAGUGUUAUCAAUAUUUAUUUCUGUUGGUAGCCUAAAUCAUUAAGCACUUAAAGUACCAACGACCAACAAGAACCAACCAACACAAGUACUCAAUGAAGCUUUCAUCAUCUCAACGUGCAUCGGACUUUUCUAUUAAAAAAAUUACAGUGCAACCAAGUCUCAAAAUCAAUCCUCAUUUUAUACUUUUGCAUUGUUAAUAUGCAAACAACUGCACAUUCGUCUCCGUCACUCAUUCGUCACGCAAACGAAGAAAAAACUCACUAAAAUCCGGAUCUGAAAUUAAACUAAACUCAUCUUUUCAUCCUACUCGUACGUGAUAUGAUAUAAAAUAUAAAAUAAUUAAUCCUUCAGCAGUAUAGAAAAGUGUGUCGUCGUCAGUAUCAAGUGAUAAUGAUCAGUAGGAUAUAUUGAGAAAGUGACAAUAGAAAGGCAAUUUUGGUGUUUUAUACUCGUGCAUUUAUGGACGAUGAGGAUGAGUGCUAUUCUAUACUACCAUGUAAUUCGUUAUUAGGAGAAGAGGGACAAAUUGGAUUCUGAACGAUAAUACGGUUUGAAUUGUUCGUUACAAAAAUAUGACAAAAAUUAAUUUUCCACUUGUUUGUUAUUAAUACAUAUUACACCUAAAUUAGUUAUGUAUAUUGUUCUGGCACUGACAUGGAUUUGGGCAUAUCUUUUAGGCCCAAUGACUUCCUAUGAUUUAGUAAAUUUGGACUAAUUUCAUUGUUUUUUUUUGUUAUUAAUAAAUACUAUGCUAAAUUUGUGCACGUUACAAUUUUUUGUUAUCAGUUUCGCAAAGAAAAGGAUUUGUAAUUGGUGUUGCGCUGACGGGGAAUAGUUUCUAGUUUGUUACAAAAAUGGGAUAAAGAUUUAGUAUGUGAAUACCACUUACGGGAGUAGUAGACAGAUAUGGACCUGGAUCUUUGGAUUUUUCUAUGAUAUGUGUCAGUAAUAACGGUUGUUUUUUUAAUACCGCAUUGUAUGAAAGGGUUUAAUUGACUUGCACAUUUACAAUUGCAGAGUACAGUUUUGUGUGUUCGAUUUACGAGAUCUGAGACAAUUAAUUACAAAAUUAAAUGCACGGAGGUAAAUAUCAGUUAAAUAUUGGACUUGGGAUACAAUUUUAGUGAUCAUUGGGAAUAUGCCAGGAAGUUGUCAGGAUGCAAAUUAAUUAUGAGAUCAGAUUAAGUCAGUGGUUGCCAAAUAUAGGUCCAUUUAUUGCAAUAUAAUGGAAAUGGCAUGGAGGGGGCACAUUGAGAGCUCUGACAAUGUGUUGGCUAGGAUUUUUUGGCAGCUCUAGAUUUUGUGAUUAAUUGCCUAUUACGACAACCUCAUCAAACAACAAAUCAAUUUAUAUAGGCGGAAAAAUGCUAGUAAUGGUUUUCAGAUCACUCAUAAAUUAAAUCUGGCAGCGUAAAAAAUAUUGUUGUCCACUGUCAAGCAAACGAUGAAUAUAUUUGUAAUAGUUUGCGUAAAAAGUAACCUUUAUUGUUUUUGUACAUCAAACAAGCCGAUUUGGAACUUGAACUUGCAUGUGAAAAUAAAUGUGAUCUUAAUACCAUUUUAGCUUAAUUGCCCAGUUACCCUAAAAAUAUAGAUCAGGUUCACUCUUUUCAACUACUUCGUUGUUAAUUUCCAUUCUGAUUGCAUAUUCACCAAACGAGACGAAUACAAUACAUGAAAUGGCCUUUUUAAUUACUGCACAAAGACCAAACAAACACAGUUAACGUACGUAUACUACUGACAGAGAACAAAACAACUACUGGACGAACAAAAGUAUUUACAAUUCAAUUCACCCAGUCUCACAUUGCCUCUUCUCCUAGGCGAACAAUAUUAUUUUGCACUACUAAAAAGGAACUCGAUUUAUUACUCUAAAAAUAAUACGGCCACAUAUUUAACUCUUUAGAAACGUCUCAAUUUUUUAUACUACAACAAUAUUACUUAAAAUCAGUCAAAGCUCGGAAAUAUUUAAGAAAAGCCGAGUAACUUAUCGAGUCAUUAGUAAGCUCUUUAGCAUGCCAACAAAGUUGAAGAAUGAACGGAUUAUUAUUGUCGUGUUGGUUUGAUACGAUUACAAUUAUUUUCUAGAGCAAUAUUUUAUCAAAUUGUUGCGUCCUACGUGAAUGGCACUUUGAAAUGUCAACUUGAAGUUGACAUUAUAGGAAAGCUGAUAAGAUUUUGCCUACGAUUUUUCUCAGUUUAGCGAAAAUAAUUGUGGAUUUUGAAUGGAUUUGAUCUUUUACAUAUCUCAACUAUUUAAUUAAUAUAGUUUCGGUUAGCAAUUUGUACACAAAUUUUCCAUAUGAUUUACAAACUCUCCUCUGCAUGUGACCCAGACCAAAGCCAAACGGCCAACUUAAUUUUGAAUUAGUUUCGAGACGGUUAUGUUACCAUUCAAUCACCUUGAUUGUUUUGGUGACUAACCGCAUAAUCCAAUCAAGGUCCGUAUUUAUGCUUCAAUCAUGCUGUAGCAAUAUCAAACUUAUGCUACGGUCACUGAAAUCUGAACUUCAAGUCAUGUUUUGUGUUAUUUUUGCAUAGAUUCUAAAAAUUAAUUAUAACCUCGCCACUUUUGAAUAAUAUCGGUUAGUUUAUACAUAAGGUCAUUAAGUAUUAGUUAAGUAUAAUUAAAUUGUAUUUAUUACUUAGCAUGUAGCACAAGUAGUCUUUAGAUGACAUCUCUAGGACUCAAAGUUUAACGAUAAAAAAAGAUAAUUCUUAUUAGAAAUUAUUUCUAGAAUUUCUCUCACGAUGAGAACUGCGAAAGUACCAGAGGCUGCUGCACUGCUGCUGUUGUACGGAAAAGUAAAACAAAAACAUUGAUAAUUAUUUAGAUUAGUUUUUGUAUUGCUAUAUAAAUCCUAAAAAUGUAAAACUUAAUUUAAAAUUUAAUUAUUAAAUCGUUAAUAUGCAAUGGUUAAAUCUUGAUGUCUUAUUAUUUAUGCAUAAAAUGUAAGAAGAAGAUGUCGACACUUGUCGUCAUGAUAUAGCACUGAUGAAUUUUUAAAGAAGUAUAUACACAGGUCGUACCAACCAAUUGUUAAGUAUUUAUUUUGCAAGUAGAGUUAUAGCUGUGCAUAAGGAAUUUGCUCUCCGCCCUACCUGAAUUAAAAAAUUGCGAGCGAUUUUGCCACCACGACCCCACUCUCACAGAAUGUAAUGUUAUAUAAUAGUGGUAAGAGAAGGAAGAAAGGAAGAACGCAAAACGAAGAAGACGCUGCAAUUAUGACGAUGACGAUUUUGCAUUAAGAUAAGUUAAGUCAUUAGUUAAUAAUAAAAAUAAUAAAAUAAUAACUCGUCGUCUCCGCUCCUCGUCGCUCGUAUAAUAUUAUUCGUCGAUUGUAGUCGGAAUUCCAAUUUGCAUAGUUACACUAUAAUGAACUUAAUGUAUUGUAUCAUGCUUUUACAGUUAAUUAAUCGCCGUAUUUUGCUAGUUUUAGUCACUUAAUUGAACAUGGAGACAAUCCAUGUCUUGUUUUGCUACUGUGAAUUUAUUUAAUGCCCAUUCGUCUAAUGCUAUAUGCUAUACUCGUACUGUUAUCAUCAUCAAUAUUAUAUAUCCUGUUAUAAACUAUUAGUCUUCAGUUGUAUUGAUGCGUCGGAAUAAAGAUCAAACAUACAAACUCGUAAUAUAUUAUAAAUGCACACACACUGUGGAAGAAUGAUACCAUCAAAAAUGUUGAUGGCGUAAUGUUUGUAUCGAUAACUGCAAUUACUGAAUAAAACGAUUUUAAGUGUUGGAAAAAAUUUAAAAA